CUUCUCCUCCCCUUCUUCUUUUCUUAUUUGUAACUCCUUCUCUUUUUUUUUCCUGCCAAAACUUUAAACUAAUUUUCUGCAUUAUACAUUUUGGGGCAAAACAUACAACAUUACUGAGAAGAAACAGUUACAGAGAAGGAUAAAUAGAAAGAUAUAGAGUAAUUUGUAAUUGAUAUAUGUAAUUUUCUUGCUUUCACGGGGGUACAAUUGAAAUUUUUUAAAAUGGACCAAAACCAACCUUCCUCAUCACAGAAUGAAAGCAGAAAGUCUCUAUUCGAGAGCGAUGUCGAUAACAAUAACAUUUUAUCGACGCCUACAGUAGAACCCAGCGUCAGUACUAGCACAUCAAAGUUUCGGAGAGACUACGAUACACUCUUGAGGGAAGUACUUGAAGAUACUUCUAAAGACGAUGUCGAACAAGCCAAUGACAAGGAUGCAUUUUUUGACAAUAUCGACAUUGACGUUAAUGCAGCAACAGCUGAAUUACCCGAAGAUUUGAGAGCAGCUUUAGAAGAUCGCGCUUUAGCAGAUAAAUAUUUAGCCAACUUGAAAAACUUUAUGAGCCACAGGAGAUCUCAAUCUUUCAAUUCCGAAUAUUCCACUCCCAAUACCCCAAUGCAACCGUCAUUUUCCAAUCACUCACUAUUAUCACCACACUCCAUCACUGAUAAUCCAAUACAAAAGUCUCGGCAUCAACCAUUAGACCCUCUGAUGAAAGUUUUGAGUGCUAUACCUUAUCAUACACGGCUCAUCAAUGGAGUGUCUUCAUUGACAACCUUGGAACAGAAGUUUCAUGCACUUCGAAUUCCCGAGUUGGAUUUGCCUGCCGCGUCGGAUUCUGUGAUUCAAACGAGGCUUAACGGACUUUAUAAAAUCAGGGAUGAUCUGUUUAUUCAUCUCAAUGGUGGCCCGUUAGGCAAUAACACUGCUAACGCGUCUUCUUUAUCACCGUCAACACCCGCAAUCGGAAUAGGAGCAAUUAGUGAUUUUAAAAAGCAAGAAAUUUUGGAUUUACUGGAUGAAACCACGAAGGAAAUCGGCCUUUAUGAGGAAUUUCUAAAAAAAGCAAACUAUUUAUCUUUGGAGAGCAUUUUACAUGAGGCCUCUGAUAAUGAUGAUGAUGAUGAUGAUGAUGAUGACAAGGAGAGCUUAUCAGAAACCAUUAAUGAAACUGGCUCCAGUUUAAUUCAUUUUGAUACCUCAUCUGACUUAUCGAAAUACUCAACAAGAACGCCAUCUUUUAAUUUAAGCUUUUCAGCAAGAAAUCAAACAUUCUUAAGCAGCCCGCCCCUUACUGAUCAGAUGCUAAGGCAAAAAAUGGAGUUAUCACCAUCCAUUUCACGCCAGUCAUCGCUUACAGAUUUGAAUCUCGAUAAAGAGUUGCAAACUCAGAGAGAAGCCAACAAUAAUGUCUCUGAGACUUGGGAAGCGUUUAAAUGGACACCGCUCAUCAAAAUCUCAGAUCAAAUUUAUUCAGAAGAAGUGAAAAGGGAACAUGGGCUAGUUACUGUCAUAACAGUUAGUGGCUUAAUAGCAAUCGGAACUACACGUAGCUUAGUGUUUGUUUACAAUUAUUCACAGAAUCUGAAGUGUAUCCUUGGUGAUACAUCUCGUGCACUAGAAUUAGGCUCAGUUACUUCAUUAGCUGUGUCUGCAGAUCAUACGACAAUAGCAUGUGGUCAUUCUGAGGGGUAUAUUCUUGUAUGGGAUAUCAAAAAACCAGCAAACCCUAUACGUACCAUCGAUCCUAUUUCUGCCAAUCAAGUGGCGGGUGUACUAUCCGCUUUGGCGCCACAGCAACAAAUGCCACGCAAAGAAGGUCAUGUAAAAGGCGCAUCUAUCUUGCACAUUGGAUUUGUAGGGGUCAAGAGAUCAGAAAUUGUAUCCGGAGAUGACCAAGGUAUGGCGUUUUAUCACUCAUUAUACAAAGUUCUCAUGGUCAAUGCAGUAGACACCACUCGUAUUUUGGGACGUUAUCAGAAUUUGUCAUUGACCCCAGAGAUUCAAAGGGCUCAAAACUUAUCAGCACAAGCUAAAACUUCAAAUACAAGUGGUCGACCAUCCAUUUCACCUAAGCCCAGAAAACCUAGUACAGUAUUUGUUAUGCAACCAUUACCAUUAGGGCAGAUCGCUCAUCCUGCAGAAAACUUUGGUCUGGUAGCUUUACUAACGCCCUACAAGAUGAUUAUUGUCGGAUUAAAGCCUACGCCACAGACAAUGUAUAAAUUCUUGAAGCCGAAGAUACCUUUACUGCAGCAUUUGGAACAAAGCGACGAUUUGAAAAGCGAUAACGUACACUUACUAGCAGAGUCAAUUUCGGGAUGUAUAUCGUGGCUGCCCGCAACUAAAGUCAUCGAGAAGGGAUACAAGGAGAUGGUUAAGGGUAAAGAUACAUCAAUACGAGCAUCCGAUCCAAUGCUUGCAUUUUCUUGGGGAAAACAACUCUUCAUCUUACGUGUACUUGUGGAAAAUGAAGGAAAGGCUACUACUGCCAAGGGAAAGGUGCGGUCCAUACCAGGACCAAAUAACAAAAAAGGCCGUGCACUUGACUUUGUCAAAAUAAGCGAUUGGGAAUGCGCAGAAUCAAUUGUAGGGAUUCAAUGGAUUAACAGACAGAUUCUAGUUCUUUUUACUGCCAAUGAAGAGAUGAUCCUUUUUGAUCCAAAAAAUAUGAUCGCUACCGAACAUACAAGCAUUCGGACAAAGCAUUUGGUAUAUCAUGACUGGUUCAACAACCCAUUGAAGGAGAUGCUCAUAAAAAAUAGCAACGUUAAUGAAGAGGAAGAAAACAGUGUCAGAAAGUAUGAUAAAAAUAUUGAAAUGGCUUAUUUUGGAUCAAUUAAAUGUUAUAAAGGAAAGCUAUUCUUACUUGGCACGGAUCAAAUCUUCGUGGGUACACUUUUGUCUUGGGCUGACCGAAUACUAGCACUUGUCCAAACAGGUGAUUUUUUGGAAAGUAUUUCGCUUGCUACCGCAUUUUAUAAUGGGGUCGGUGUUCAAACUGUUAUAGGUUUACCAGAAGAUGAGAAAGCACGAAAAGCCGUUGUAGGCGAGCGUUUAAUGGAACUACUGUCAGCAUCCCUCAAUUAUACCUUUUCAAUGAAGCAAAAUCAUGAUGGUAUGACCGACGAAGAAGUUGCCGGUGGAGAAACUGUCUUAGUUCAGAAUCUUGCUCGUGCCUGCAUUGAAGCUUGCCUCAGUAUGAACAAUACUGAAUUAUUGUUUGACAUCAUUUAUGAGCGCUAUUUUGCAGAAUAUAAUGCAGAAGGCAUUUUCCUUGAAGUCCUAGCGCCUUCGAUCACAGCUGACAGAAUACCUGACGUUCCACCCUCGGUUAUGAAGGACCUCGUCGACCAUUAUAGUCGAAAGCGCCUUUUGGACGAGCUCGAACAAGUGAUAUGGCAUGUUAAUCCUCAAAACCUCGAUAUUAACCAAGUAGUAAGUAUGUGCCACAGAGAAGGCAUGUAUGAGGCAAUGAUGUACGUAUGGAACAAGAGUAUGCACGACUAUGUAAGCCCUCUCGUUGAAAUGUUGAAAGUAAUAAGAACAGUGCUUCGAAACGAGAGCAAAGAAUACACUGAUAUACAGCAAAAUGCUGACAAGCUAUUCGAUUACCUCAAGCUUAUAUUAACCGGAAGAUCUUUUCCUGAUGGUGCCCCUAUGUCAAACGCUGAUGAGGCAAGUGAUGCACGAAGUGCUCUCUAUUCGUUCGUGUUUUCUGGACGGUGUGUGGUAUGGCCUCCUGUCGGUGGGAAACUUAUUCUUACAGCAGAUGAAGAGGAAGGUGUAUCAGAACCUACCUAUCCUUAUCUACGGCUACUACUGCGAUUCAAUACAAAGAAGUUCCUUCAAGCGAUGGAGGUUUCCUUUGAAGACCCUUGGCUAAAUGGUGGAGAAGAUAUUCUCAGUUCACGUUUUGAAGAUGAAGUUCCUGGCAAAGUCAUCUCACGUCAAAUUAUAGUAAAUACAUUGUUGGACGUCAUGGGAGGAGGCUUGACAGGAAAUGGAUUGCCAUUACCUCCACCACGACCAAAACAAUCCUUCUCAGCCUCUACAGUAACCUCUUAUAGUACUAACCGACAAGCGCCCAAUUUGCAUUUCGACAUACCAUCCUCUUCCUCCUCCUCUGUUUUUAGCGACCCGAACAGCCCACCAUCCUCAGCCUAUGAUUACUUAUCCAACGAGAAUAUUAUCCUGCUCUAUAUUUUUAUAGCAUCGAAUUUACACAUGUAUACCACCUUUAUUUUGCUACCUCCAAAGACGUUAAACAAAAUUCUAGUGCGGCUUGCAGAAGAUCAUGACCCUGAUACCCGUGCUGCACGUGAACAAGCUGUUCAAAAGCUAUUAACCGUUUACACACCUGCGAACGAAGAACAUGUAGUACGUUUAUUUGAAGAAGCUGGAUUUUGGAAAGUCUUAGAAGAUAUCUAUCGACGUGAUAAAAAAUAUGGCAAAUUGGUAGAAGCUUAUUUGAAGGAUGAUGACCGACGGAAAUUUGUAUUUGACUGUGUUGAAUCCUUACUUAGUACUUCGAGCGAGUUAAAUACUCAACAAAAGGAAGAAGUGAUACGUUUCUUUUUAGUACGGAUUUCUCAGAUUGUCGAAAUUGAUGGACAAAAAGCAGCGUAUAUCGUACAGAAUUAUAUAAAUGGUGAACAUGGCAAUAUUAUCCAUCGAUUAGAAGAAGACCAGGAAUUUGACGACGAAGAGGAUGAACAUUACUCCACAGCAGACAAGUUGAUAUUCUCUUAUCUGAAAGGACUAAUAGAGCCUACAGAAGAACAGGAGAAGAGAUUAAAGGACGACGAGGUUCACCGACAAUUUUAUAAAGGAACUCAAUUUUCGCACGUAGACAGUUCCAUCAUAGAACGUUAUGUAGAACUUCUUUGUCGGUUUGAUCCUUCCGGUGUUUAUAAUUAUCUCAAUACAAGAUUGGAUGAAUCAGUUUCUCUUACAAAACUACACCAAAUUUGCGAGAAGUACAAUGUUGUAGAUGCAGUUGUAUGGAUUAUGGAGAAAAGUGGAGAUGUAACAGGCGCGUUAGAAAAAAUGCUUAAUGUAGCCAGGGGGAAAAAUGCCACAAUAUUACGAGUUGUGAACAGCCACCAGUCGAAUAGCUCGGUAUGGACUUUUGAAGACCACAAUACGAUCAAUUCCUGUUUAAUAGGAUUGAAUGGUGUACUACGUGUGAGUAUAGGUUUAUGUGAGAAUAGUGGCAAAGCAGUGACCCCCAAUCAAACGAAUCAAUGUGAUUUAGAUGAGCUGCCUGAGCUGAGUCGAGAAGGGGAAGACAGUUCAACUGCAGAUGAAUCAACAGGGGCGAACGAUGAUAUCUUUACUUCUGACCACAUUGAUGAAACAGAGACAUUAUGGUUCCGUCUACUAGACGCUUACGUAGAAGGGUCAAUUGAUAUAUACAAUGUAUUCGGUGGCCAAUUACAUAAUAAGAAUAUAUCAGAAUUCACAGAAAUUCAGCAGAGGAUCACCUCUGCUUACAAAUCCUUUGUCCAGUCAAUUUUAACAUCACUUCUAUUGUCCACAUCGCAAGUCUCUUUGCCCCGCUUACUAUUAAGGCUCAUCCAUUCACAAGCUAAUGGUGAAACUACAUUUGCAGAUUUUAGGGAUAUCUUCUUGAGCAUGUUGGACACUUACAAAUAUGAGGGCAAGCUAUUAGAAUUGACCAACCGACUAUUUGACCAAGAUUUAUUCGGAACUUUACACGAUCUUGUAGCAAAGCGUGAAAGAGGCUGGAGACCCAGUAGAACCGUAUGUGAAAGCUGCGGUGAAAGUAUUCUGAACAUUUCCUUACUACAGCCUUCGUUAGCGUGGGGAUUUGAUGACGAAAAUGACAAGGAACUGGCAGGACGCGAAGAGGUACAUUCAAAGGAAUAUAUUUUGUUCCAUUGUGGGCAUAUCUUCCACAAGCAAUGCUUAAAUGCUCAACUUGGGGAGGUGACAGAAGAAUGUAGUGUUUGUCAAUACGGCAACCCACAAGCAGAAGUAUUAGACUCAAGAACAAAUGGCGUUUUAUCACCAAUUACACCAGACAUAAAUACUAUAUCUAUUUCUGCCAAAAACCACAAAGGCAAAGGAAAAGCAAUAGCUUAAUUUAAUGAAUUACCUAAUUUAUGUUUGUACAUUGUUAAAUAAACCGAAU